AUGUGGACCAAGGCUCGAGAAAUCUCUCCAGGAGACGUGGUUAUCUUAUGGUUGACCAGAGACAGCUUGGAGCCGCUAGUCAUCACUCCUGGAAAGGUAUAUAACGGACGUUUUGGCGUUUAUCGUCACGAUGAUCUUGUGGGGGUGCCUUACGGCUCUAAAGUCAUUUCGAAGAAUGGAAGAGGUUUUGUACAUAUAUUGAGACCCACUCCUGAACUCUGGACACUUGCUCUGCCUCAUCGAACCCAAAUACUCUACCUCGCGGAUAUUGCUUUUAUAACAGCAUGGCUAGACUUGAAGCCAGGGAGCAUUGUCAUCGAAGCUGGGACGGGAUCUGGCUCUUUCUCGCACUCCGCCUGCCGAACCAUUCAGCCGAAUGGGCACCUCCAUUCUUUUGAGUAUCACGAGGAACGGUCAAAGAAAGCAAGAGCUGAGUUUCAGGAGCAUGGAAUGGCUGAUCUCGUUACUCUGAAACAUCGAAAUGUGUGCAAAGAGGGGUUUGGCCUUGAAGACGCUGCAGACGCAGUGUUUCUGGAUUUACCCGCCCCCUGGGAUGCCAUCAGACACGCAAAAACUGCAAUGAAGAGACGUCAAAUAGGCAGGAUAUGUUGCUUCAGUCCCUGUGUCGAACAAGUUCUUCGCACUGUUUCAGCCUUGAACGAUGCUGGUUUCACGGGCAUGUGCCAAAUAACAAUGUAUGAGACUCUGAUGCGUCCACAGGAAGUAGUACCCAUAACGCUUCCACCAAUUGGACAAGUAAUCCAACGACUGAGGAACGCGGAGGUCGAAGGGGAGGCCCGUCGGUUGAGACAAAUUGCGAAAGCGAAUGAAAAAAAUAAGAAGCGAAAACUUGGAGACAAUGGAUACGACGAUGCUGGAAUGGCAACGGCGUCGGCGGGUGGGAAUCCUUGUAAAAAGCCUAAAACAGAUGAUGAAGCUGGGACUUCUGAGGGCGGCGAGGAUGGUGAGAUUGUGCACCCUGUGUCAGUCCGGCAGGAUGUUGGCGAUGGUUCCAGAACGCCUGUCGGUGGUAAACCGCCGCCUCUCCCAGAGAGUUCGUUCCAUGUGACACGGCCAUUUACCGAGGUGCGGGGCCACACAUCGUAUCUGACGUUUGCAGUGCUCUUGCCACAUGACUUUGUCAAAUGGGAGAGUGGUUCCGCCAUCCAGAACGCUGGCACAAGUAACGGUCUCCCCGGUGAUACAUCGCAAUCAGCAAUAGAUUCACAAGGAAUGGGAGACGAUCCAUCAUGGGAUGCCGCUGCAUUGAGCUUGACAGUUGAGGUGUGA